AUGGAGAGGUUGGGCUAUCCAAAAUCCAUUGAUGGGAAUCAUGCGUUUAUCAAAGCUUGUGAUGAAGAUCUUAGAAAAAUGAUUGACCAGAACCAUGGCCUUAUCAAAGCUCAUGAUGAAGAGAUGGAAAGGAUAAAGCAGAUGGCUGAUGACAUGUUUACCAUGGAGCAAGAGAGUAUGGGUCAUUGUUUUCCUCAUAAGAGAAGAAAAAUAGAGAAGCUUCUAUUAAUGUCUGAGAUUAUAAAUCUUCGGCAUAACAAGAUGAUGAAUGAGAUGGCUCUCUUGGAGGCGGAUGAAAGAAUGUCGAUAUUGGCGCAAGAGCAUCAGGUAUAUUUCCAGUCAGAUAAGUUCUACCAACUUUGUAUCUUACCGUUUUUUACUUACUAUGUCAGACAGAAAAGGAUGAAUUUGAGAGACGAAUUAAGGAGCUUGAAAGGAAGGUUGAUGAUAAACGAGUAGAGGAGGUGGAGAUACAAAGCCUGAAAGAAGAAAUAAAAGUGAAGCCAAAGGUUGAGGCAAUUGAAGAAGAAGAAGUAAAAGUGAAGGAAGAAGAAGCGUGAGAGUGGGUAGGAGCUUAUUCAAGCUCAUCAAUAAUGUUUGGUUUGGAGUUAGGCAUUUUUUCUGUAUGAGCUUUGGUUCAGUAUUUGUUGAGCUAGUUGCUUGUGAACUUAGUCUUCAUUCAUAUCAUAACAUUUGAUUGAUAAUAUUAAAAACAU